AUGGAGGAAACGAAAGUAAUUUACUACAUAGAUGACGAGGAGACGCCUUACCUCGUCAAAAUUCCGAUUUCACCGGAGAAAGUGACUUUGUUGGACUUCAAAAACCAAUUAAACAGACCUAACUAUAAAUUCUUCUUUAAAUCCAUGGACGAUGAUUUCGGUGUCGUGAAAGAGGAGAUAGUGGAUGAUAACGCGCAUCUGCCGUGCUUCAACGGUCGUGUAGUGUCGUGGUUAGUGUCCGCGGAAGGCUCGAAUCCAUCGGAUGGAGCUUCUCAGUGCACUGAUAGCAAUCCUGGCAAAACGAAGCAGCCUUCAGCACCAGCGGCGCCUGUCACACGAGACACUUGUACUGACACGGACAGCACAAUCAGCUCCCGACCUGGGCACAGAGCUUCUUGUGACAAGUAUAAAUACAGAGGCCUUAGAAUCAAUGGCCACUCAAAGUACAAUCAUGGUCUAGAGUACGAGACUGCGUCAGUUCUGAGUUCUGAUUUAGAUUCAACCAGCCUCUUCGACAGCCAAUCGGAGAUCACAACUACCACUGGGAGGCACACAAAUGCCUCAGUCGAUCGAGCUUUAACUGAAUGUUCUAGUGUCUCCCACCUCCAAGUGAGCUCGCGAAAACGCCCUCAGCGCCGACGGAAACGUCCACAGGUUAUGUCUAGAACAUCUUCCUACUCGUCUAUCACAGAUUCCACUAUGUCCAUGCAUAUAAUAACGGUGACUCUCAAUAUGGAUACUGUGAAUUUUCUUGGGAUAUCAAUUGUGGGCCAAUCGAAUAAAGGCGGAGAUGGUGGGAUAUAUGUGGGGAGUAUAAUGAAAGGUGGUGCGGUGGCUCUGGACGGCCGAAUUGAACCUGGAGACAUGAUUUUACAGGUAAACGAUGUCAACUUCGAAGAUAUGACCAAUGAUGAAGCGGUGAGGGUACUGCGCGAGGUUGUUCAGAAGCCGGGACCCAUUAAGCUGGUGGUGGCAAAAUGCUGGGAUCCAAAUCCCAAGGGAUACUUCACCAUCCCACGGACGGAGCCCGUCAGGCCUAUAGAUCCAGGCGCCUGGGUCGCGCACACACAAGCGCUGCGUGAAGCGUAUCCACCACCCCCGUUAUCCACCCUGCCGGCGCCAACCAUACCGGAAAGAGCGUCGGAUGCGGGUUCGAUUCCCGCCCACGAGCCCCAGCUGUCUGUUGGCAUGGAUAUGGCGCUGGUGGUUAGGGCUAUGUUGAGGCCAGAUUCUGGCCUCGAGAUCCGCGACCGUAUGUGGCUGAAGAUAACCAUUCCGAACGCGUUUAUUGGAGCCGAUGUGGUAGACUGGAUCCUGCAGCAUGUAGCCGGUAUCGUGGACAGACGGGAUGCAAGGAAAUAUGCGUCGCAUAUGCUAAAGGCCGGCUUCAUCCGGCACACGGUGAACAAGAUAACGUUCUCGGAGCAGUGCUACUACGUGGCCGGCGAGCUGUGCGCGGACAUGGCGGCGCUGCGCCUGCGCCAGCCGGACGCGGACAGCCUCGCCAGCGACACGCUCGCGCCGCUGCCCAACCCCAACAUGAUGGGUCCCGGUUACAUGGCGUACGCGGGCUCGUACGGCUAUCAGCCGAUACCCUUCAAGUACAGCUCCUGCGUUACCAGCGAGCAUACCAUUUAUGGUUACAACCGCGAAGAGAGCGUUAUGUCUGGUAGCGGUGGGUCAAGCGCCGGUUCAGAUCACCUACCAGCUAAAGAUCCAGCAGCGAACCGCGAGGGCGAAGUGAAAUCGACGUCCAGCGGGUCCGGGACGAGCGUGGUUGAGGGGGGAGGGGGUGGUGGUGGUGGCACAAGGAGGUCCCACUCGAGCGGCUCAGACAGGGCCCACGAGCGACCCGUGCUGUUCCUAUAA